CUGAUCACCGUGUAUACUAUGCCGUGUGUCACUGCUGCGGUGUAGGAUCCGACAGAGCGGCCGCGCACCCAGCCUGCUCAUAUACAACACCCCGCCUGUCCUACUGACGCGCGGGAGCCUGCCACUGAUUGUUCCUGCAAGUCUCGACGCAAAGCGCGACCACGGUGAUCAUGGCGUCGCCGCCAGCGCGAACGUCCCUAUCCGCCUCGGGGAGUCCAGCGCCUGUUAGCCCCACCAGUCAGCAGGGUGCAAUGGUUGUUCCAGCCGUUGAUGUCGAAGCGGAGUCGCUUGAGGCUGAUGAAGAUGGUGAUUCGGCGUACGGCGACGACUUGGAGAGCUAUACGACGUCUCUGAAGUCUACUGUCUUGAACUACCGUUUCGAGAAUGGCCGGCGCUACCACGGAUACAAGGACGAAGCCACGUACUUCUGGCCCAACGACGAUGAAGAAAAUGAUAGGCUGGAUCUCUACCAUCACAUACAAACACUCAGCUUGGGUGGCGAACUUCACCUCGCACCUAUCGGUGAUAACCCGCAGCGGAUAUUAGAUGUAGGCACGGGCACAGGAAUUUGGGCAAUUGACAUGGGAGACAAAUACCCAUCAGCAGAGAUCCUUGGAAACGACAUCAGUCCCAUACAACCUAACCUCGUCCCGCCCAACGUAAAGUUUGAAGUCGACGAUUUAGAGGAGGAGUGGGUCUACUCUACCAAGUUCGACUAUAUCCACGUCCGGUAUCUCGCGUGCUCCAUCCGAGACUGGCCAAAGUUGAUGCGACAGUGCUACAAGUUCGUCAAGCCAGGCGCAUGGGUUGAAUUCCAAGACUUUGACACUCGAUUCUACACCCGCGGUGGCGAGUAUACAAAGGACUCCAAACUCAGCCAAUGGGCGGACAAGAUUGCCGAUGGAGUGCGAAAAUUCGGCACAGAGCCAGACCCCGGCGCUAAGAUUGAAGGCUGGGUUGCCGAAGCUGGUUUCACGAACAUCGAAGCGCGCACCUUCCCUUUCCCGGUCGGUACCUGGCCCAAAGACAAGAAGCUCAAAGAGAUCGGUGCCUUUAACCUCGUCCAGUUCUUGGACAACCUGGAGGCCUUGACGAUGAGAAUCUACCAGAAUGCCUGGGGCUGGAGCCCGGAGGAGGUAAAGGUUCUCUGCGCCGAAUUGAGAAAGGAGUUGAAGAACCCGAGGAUGCUGCUGCAGCACAACUAUUAUGUUGUUUGGGCGCAGAAGCCGUUAAAUGCUGUCGAUUGAGUCGUACAAAGGUCACGAAGGUCAUGAUUUACGCGUGCAGCGGUCGGGCGAGACCUCGCACAGGAUUGGGUACCUGGCAUGGGUAAUAACGGCAUGGCAAAGGCUCAAAUGGAGUGCGAAGAGGCAAGGUGUAUGAAGGCAUGGCAUUGCUGGAGUUAGCACGGACGUGUAUAGCUCUGGGGUAAUUAUAAUUAGGGUUCCAGGUGUUCUUCAAAAGUACGUCUUACUUCUUCCCGACUCGCGUCCUCAUGAAAAUUCUUCUUGAGUUUGAAAGCGUGGCUUCGUCUGA